AUGCUUUAUGUUGGACUUGUAUUUGCCACCAAAGCAGAUAAGAUUGUUGGGUCUCUUGGUUAUGAGAAUUCUUUUCAUGGGAGAUUUGGUUUCUCUGGAAUAACUCCUCCGAAAUUGAAAUCCUCCAUAUCUCCAAUCAAUGUAUUCAUGGAAAAAUUUAUAGAGAAGAAUGCUACUAGGUGGAGUUUCUUCACUACCGUAUAUGCGAGCCCCAACAUCACUAUAAAGAAACAACUUUGGGACCAACUUUCGAGCUUCAAUCCAGGAAAAAUGAAGCCUGGAUCAUUGGUGGAGAUUUUAACUGCAUUCUCAAGAAUGAUGAUAUACAUUGGGGGUAGCGAACAGAACAGAGGGAGCAACAGUCUUUUCAACAACUUUAAUUUCGACAACUGCCUCUUAGAACUAAACUAUGUUGGUCAAAAAUUCACCUGGAGGAGAGGGAAUCUUUGGCAACGUAUGGAUCAAGCUUUCAUAAACGAGGAAUGGAGCAACCGACUCCUAGACACUAGAGAAAUACAUAUGGAUCGCAUUGGCUCUGACCAUAGUCCACUUCUAAUUCAAUCGACCAAAGAAUCGGGGUUAAGGAAGACCUUUUCGGAUGCUGGCAGCCUGACUCGACCACCCAAAAUUUGA